GGAAAUGCCGAAAAAACAAGCUGGCAACCUGCCGAGACAAUCGGAAAUACAACCCUCGGAACGAAACAUAUGUACACAACACCUAUCUGAAAAGUAUUAAACAAUAUUUUGGGAAAGUUGUUUUGGCUAGCGUUUAAUAAAACGACAUCGCCACAGCAGCUAAGGAUAUAGCCAACCAGCAGAAUCGGAAUCGGUAGAGAUGGGGAGCAUAGAAAAGGCGUGUAUAUCGGGAUUUCUAUGCCGACUGUGUUCAGAGAUGCACCGCACAGUAAUACAUAUUUAUAGUGAUCAUGGCCAGCGUUUGUGUCUUGUUGAGAAAAUCAACGGUUACCUACCAAUUACAAUAUCUCCGACUGAUCCAUUGCCAAAAACCAUAUGCAAAUCAUGUCUGCAUCGCGUGGAGCAGCAUUACUCUCUCCUGAUGCGUCUGACACGGAUGCGGGAGGAGCGAAAGUUUAAGUUAAUCAAAUACAAAGCACAAAGAAAUCCCUCGAUAUCCAGCGUGGAAUCGGAAGAGGACGUGAUAAAUUCAAGCUCGGUUCACGAGUGCCCCAAUCGGAAUGAGGAGGAUCAAGCGACCCGCCGCAGCGAGUCGACGAGCACCGCAGCCGAAACUGGUCCACAGACCCAGGAAUCCCAAACCCCAAUCCCAAAGUCAAGAAAGACCGCAGUGUCCAGACGAAAGAGCAGCGAAAGGCACGAUGCCAGUGGUGCUGGCCCCAGCAAUAGACACCGAAAGAAAGAGACUGGCACAGGCAACUCGGAAACGGGUAGCACUACUCGGGAAGGAACCCAUGCAGAUUAAUGACUGCUAACCUCGUCUCUGGUCGGUGGAGCUAUAUAUACGAGUACUUGACUAUGUACAUAUAUAUAGACGCGUUUGUGUGUACGUACGUUUAGAUUGGAAUAAAGUAAGCAUUUUAUUUAAUUGUCUAGUAAAUUUCGAAUACAGAUGAUAAGUGUACCAUUUAAACGGGAUUCUUACUGCGGAUUUCGGGGUAUGUUUUACUAAGAUAGCGCAUUUCGUGGUUGCCAACGCUUCUCUCACUCCGCUCAACGUGGCAUAUCCACUUUGCUUACCUCAAUCUUAUCGCAGCACCAUUUUAGUGGCUAAAUUCUUUUCGCAUGAUAGCAGCCAGUUCUUUGUUCCACUAAGUUUGCAUGGCUUGUGGUUUCAGUUGUAUGUUGCUCGAUAUGGGAGUACUCCUUGGUUCACCGAUUGAAGCAUACCGAGAUAACCAUGUACCCAUGUAUCUCGUUAAAUUGCUUUCCAUUUCAUUCUUCACACAGAAACUACCAACACAAGAAUUAUUUCAGCAGUUUGUUAAUUAAACUAUUUCUUUAAUCGUAAUUAAUGAACAUGUAGGGGUAGGGAUAGUAGGUUCCCUUAACUUAUUUGAAAAAGAAGCAAAUACAUAGAUUCGUAUCGGUGCCUGUAAUACCAGCAGAUGUUUGAACAUUUUAUGUAUAUUCUUUCUCGAUAUGUGUUUCAUGAACCCCGUGACUCUUGCUCCAAUUCAUUUUAAACCUCGUCUGUCUUUGCAAUGUUCGUUUUUUAUUGAGCCUAACAAUACGCACGAUUCGCUGAAUACUUAAAAUUGUCAAUCAGAAUGGUAUUAUGAUUACUUAGUUUAUCUUGCUUUUCCUAUCACUAAUGUUUCCUGCCAUUUACAUACAUAUGUAUACGCCAACCGAUCAGGUGCAUACGUAUAUAGUGGGGAAAACACUUGUGCUUGCAAUUGUCGUUACAUCUUAAGUUAGUAAACGUAUAUUGUUUUCAGUUGCGGCUUCAAUUCUGGAGGUAUCACUGGAGUGUGUUCCACUUUUCGAGUAACUAGGCGCUUGAACCGUCCACUGAAUUGCUUGCGAAAUCCCUUAAAGCUGCUCUUAUCACUUGAGGCCAUCAUGUCCUGGAAGAAUGAAGAAUAUUUGAUAAGUAUAAAAUUUGGUAAUAUCUUGAAAACUCCGAAAUAAAUUUACUUAUUAUGUAUAAUAUUUACUUAGUUACACGCUGAUUGUGAGUCAUAUUCUGGUUUUGCCUUAUCGCUAAUGCAUAUUUCAAAACUGCAAAAUUCCUAGAGCGUGUCAAGUGACUUUUGUUGAUUCAUUGAAACAGGGAGUUUCCUGAAUGUAAGGUCAAUGUAAGUGUUUCGCCAAAAAGUCCUUGUACGCUUUAUGAAUAUCAGUGAGAUUUGCAAAUGUGCAUACGAGAAAGUGAAAACCGGAAAACAAAAGUGAUUUAGCCCUUCCUUAAUUAUAAACAUACGAUCCGAGUGAAUUUGUAAUUUAUGAACCCCAGCUGACCUGCGCUUGUGUUUGCGAUUCUCUAAUCUUAUCUUCGAAAUUCCUCGGAAUGGAUCUAUUUAUGGCCGAGCGUGCCCAAGCAAAAGCCUAUAAUAUAUUGCCAAAUGUCCGUAUGUACAUGGGUUCAUACCGCCAUACAUACUAAUGACUUAAAUGGCAAUUGCUGAAGUGCAAACAAUUUGUUCCCCUUUAUCUUCCGCCAACACACGAGCACAAAGACUAGGAACUAACUAUACUACGUACAGACGGUCGCCCGUGGAGUAUCUAAUAAUCGUUACGUCAUGAUAAUCUGCACUGCGGCGGAAACUUGUGCGAAUGGCGAAUGGUGGGUGGGCUAUCUAUUACACAGGAACUAUGCAGGCGAAUAAAAAAUAAACAAAAAAAAAAAACAACGCCAUAACUCAAAGAUAUAUCUCUUUACAAUCCUAAUUUGCUCGAAAAUAUAUUAUAUACCAUAUCAUAAAGUUGUUUUUGAUCCUAACUCACAUGAUAUUCCUACGCUUUUACUUUCAGUGUGGACUUACCGGACUCAGGCAAUUGUAGAUGUGCGGUGUGGGCGCCUUUGGGGGGAAUGUCCACUCCGUUUGGAUGGAGCUCCCAUUCCCGUUCCCGUUGGCGUCACAAACAGCUGGUGCAUUACUGGUCCUCACGAACGUAACGCUCUGGGUUUGUUUGGCAGGUGCUGAAGAUGACGAUGGUGUGGCGGAUGCGGAUGCGGCAGCGGAUGAGGCCUUGGCCCUCGACUUGCCCUCGCUCGAUUCCUUCAUUCUUAUGUGGUCGUCCCAGUAGCGUGUGAAUAUGUUUUUGGUGUGCUGGACGUCGGUGGACGAUGGAUGGUGCUGGUGCUGGUGCGGAUGCGGGGUGUUCAGAUAGUCGGUUACAGAAACAUCACGUUGACAACAUUUACUGCGGACAAGACGCAUCGUUAAUUUCCCAGUGAUACCCUCGAUCGGUGCAAAGUUAGUUCAUUUUUAAGGUACACGCGUAUCACAGAUGGUUUCUAUUAUAUCGGUAUGAUAUGUAAGACAUUUGCUAUAUGGCUAGCUAAAUGUCGAGAUGGCGACGGCGAUUUCGACCAUUGGCGGAAGUGGUUUUCGCUUUUCGGUAUACUAAUGCCUCGCCUGACUGUUUUGUUAUUCGUAGUUUUUAUUUUUUGUUUUUGUAUUCGGGUUGUUUGCAGGUAGGAGCUGUGUAUUUAGCAGCUACGCAGCGUUACAGCGCGACUAGAAUAUCGAUUUUCUGUACUUGGGCUGGCGUUUUGGGUGGUGAGUUAGUCAUGAUGGCUGCGCACUAUACUUUUUAGCUCAGCCCCUACUCCGAAGUUUGGUUAUAUUCAGCGGUUCCUUUGUCUGUUGUGUUUGUUGCUGGGUUUUGGCCAGUUUCUCUAUUGCGACUGCCUUUCCCGAGGUGGUGUAUUUAUAGGAAUGACACUUUUCAUCUUUUCAAUGCUAGACAUAACUUACACAAUAUAUCAAAUUUGUUGUUUUUCACUAGGCCAAGCGGAGGAAAACCGAAACGGAAAAGCAGAAUAGCGUAGAAGCAGUAAAGCAGAAAAACAGAAAAAACAGACAGACGUGUCGAGUAUUUUCUAGUCGUGGUGCUCGUGCAGGGGAAAAAUGCGAUUAAUGCUGGCACUCUUCACUACAACCACACAUCCACACAAAUGCGACCGUUGAAUGUCUGCACAUUUUCUUGAACUGCUCUACACGUAAGUACGCACAUUAGAUUCGACUUGGACUUCAGUUCGGUUCGGAUGGCAGCGAGUAUCUGAAUCGCACAGAACUCGCACUCGACUGAACAAAACAAAAGCUACGAAUCUGACUCAUGUGCGCUUGCUUGACUACAGCCACAGCCAACCAAAAUCUCAAUCGAAAGUCGCUGCGAAUGCGAAUGUGAGUGUAGUGCGAGUGUAGUGAGCUCUCUCGAUCUACCGAUAUCGAUAUACCGCACCAUACAUAUAUACUUCGAUUCCCAUUCCCACUCGUAUUCGUAUUCGUAUUCGUAAUCGUUUUUGUGUUCGCAUUCGUGUGUACUCCUCGCUCUUUUUUCAAGACCUUCUGACGUCAGCUGACAUUUAGCAAGCACUGUGUUUUCACCAACACCAAUUCGGGCACAUUUGCGUGUAUUUGGGUAUCGGCGGGUGUAUAAAUAGCGUGUUUUGAGUGAUUUACCCAAAGAUACAAAAAAUCCAGGUUCCGAGGAAUACGCUUACGCCAACGAUGACCGCUGCGAAACAAAAAAAAAAAAAAAAAACUGCCUAACAACACGAUCGCGAAUCUCACGCUUUACGAAACGAAACGCUGCUUUAAUUUGAGCGUUCCACGCCAAACCAUCAUCGCACUUAAGCAAUUGGCUAGAUUGCUAGCCGAGUUAGCCCCUGAACUGCGAGCCCAGUUGCUAAAUGGGCCGAUCUAAAUAUUUUUGUUUGUUUGCGCGCUAAUUAAUUGAAAGCAAUCAAGAGAUAGGAUAUAGGUAUUGUCUGCGUUGUGCGCCAGUGAACAAUGGAUCUUUUGCGAUAUUAGGUAUCUGUAUCUGCGUGUUCCACUUCCACCGUUCCAGCCAAAACCAAAAGAGCUGCCAUGUUUUGUGGCGUUAGGAAUUGCAGCAGUUGAAUUUUCGCGCCCACUUUUCCGCUAAUUGUUGUUAUUCGACUAAUUCAAAAAUGUCGUGUUUCAUUCGGUGUUAAUAUUAGUUUUAUUUCGACUUAUUUUUCUUUUUCGCCGGCUCUGAACUGAAUAUUUUGGCCACCUUUUUGCCAACAAAUAAGAGAGCAACCAAUGCGAAAAUACCCAAAGUCGCCAGCGAUGUUAUGUUUUCAGCUGCAAAAUAACUCUGCAGUGGGCCCAAAAAUUCGUUUCUGAAAAGUACGAAAGUUAAAACAUUAGCUAUUUGUUCAUUGUUAUUGGGAUAAACGUUGUAUAGUAUUAAAUUCGAUCUUCUCAAACCAGGAACUGUUUUAACCAGGGUAAAAUUGAUUAUUGUAAUAUUGUUUAUGUACAAACUGGAUAUUAUACAACGGUUACGAUUAACAUUUGGUUCGAUAUUAAUCAACGGAGUGAUAUUAACAAUUGUUUUAUGCUCGAUGGUGGAAUCAGUGUCUUUGUUGAAUACCCUCAAACUAGCGUUAUAUGCAACCGUGUACCGGGGACCAAGAAUCAGUAUUUGUUAACUAAUUGUAAUUAUUAAUAGGUUUACAAGUUUUAUCUUGGCUCACUUACUAAACACAUGUAUCAGUUUCUCACAAAUCCCUAUAAAAAGGUCAUAAUCGCACUUUGAGUUUAAAAUUCGAUCGAUGGAUAAAUUUAAAAUCAUUUAAGCUAUUAAAAGGGAUACUUACACGGCACUGGGGAUUGCGGGCACUGGUUGAGGAUGGCUCUGGGUAUAUCCUUUCUCAGCAAACUGGACAAAGGCCUCGGGACUGUAUUGCUUGGCCGAGUAUUUGUACAUCUUUCCUUGCCUCAAG